AUGCCCUACAUCCCCACAGAGACCCUUGUAGGGGGCGCCCUCCUCCUCGUGCUCGUCCUUGCAGCAAGCCUCUACCCCUCCAGCAACACCCCGCCAAACACAGACUCUCAGUCAGCCAAGUCCAAGAAGAAGAAGCCAAAGAAGAAGACCAAGCCCGCCUCUGCACAAGACGAGCAAGAUGUCAAGCUGCAGGCACAAGUACAAGCUGUACAGACUGAGCAGGCAGAGCCCAAGGCGGAGAGGAAGAAGCUGCUCGCAGAGAAGCUCCUUCCAAAGGAGCGAAAGACCAGAGUCGACGAUAUGCUUGCCCCAGAGGACAGGCCUGUGCCCAUAUCUCGAGUGAUGCGGGUCGCCCCGAACGAGUCGAAGGAUCAGGCCGUCCACGACCCCGAAUUCCCUCCCCUGGGACCGCCUGUCAAGGUAGCCAAGUAUGAAGAGGACUACGCCAGCAGCGUUUCCGACGAUGAUGUCGUGCCCGAAUUCAAGCUUCCGAAAAAAGUAGCGAAUGACGGCUGGGAAUCGGUCGCACCCAAGAAGAAGAAGCCGCUUUCUGUCAACAUAUCGUCUUCCUCGGCUCAGCAAUCGACUGCCUUGCCCCUGCCCACAUCUACCAAAGGUCAGAAGAAGAAUGCCAAGAAGGCAGAACUCAAAAAGGCCCAACGAGAAGCGGAGGAAAAGGACCGGGUGAAGCGAUUGGCGAGUCACAAGAAGGACCUCGAGAGGGAGCGCAUCAACGAGAUCUAUUCGACAAACAAGAGUCAGUCCGCACGUACAAAGGCUGCUAGUGCCAAGGCUACUGUGACAUCGAAUGGACAUCUCAUCUGGGACUAG